AAGGGGUGCCUGGGACGAAGCCAUGGCCCUGGAGGCGGCGGGACGGCCGCCGGAGGAAACGCUGUCACUGUGGAAACGGGAGCAAGCUCGGCUGAAGGCCCGCGUCGUAAACCGGGACACCGAGGCGUGGCAGCGAGACCCCGCCUUCUCGGGUCUGCAGAGGGUCGGGGGCGUUGACGUGUCCUUCGUGAAAGGGGACAGUGUCCGCGCUUGUGCCUCCUUGGUGGUGCUCAGCUUCCCUGAGCUCGAGGUGGUGUACGAGGAGAGCCGCAUGGUCAGCCUCACAGCCCCCUACGUGUCGGGCUUCCUGGCCUUCCGAGAGGUGCCCUUCUUGCUGGAGCUGGUGCAGCAGCUGCGGGAGAAGGAGCCGGGCCUCAUGCCCCAGGUCCUUCUUGUGGAUGGAAACGGGGUGCUCCACCACCGAGGCUUUGGGGUGGCCUGCCACCUUGGCGUCCUUACAGACCUGCCUUGCGUUGGGGUGGCCAAGAAACUUCUGCAGGUGGAUGGGCUGGAGAACAACGCCCUGCACAAGGAGAAGAUCCGACUCCUGCAGACUCGAGGAGACUCGUUCCCUCUGCUGGGAGACUCUGGGACUGUCCUGGGAAUGGCCCUGAGGAGUCACGACCGCAGCACCAGGCCCCUCUACGUCUCCGUGGGCCACAAGAUGAGCCUGGAGGCAGCUGUGCGCCUGAUUUGCUGCUGCUGCAGGUUCCGGAUCCCAGAGCCCGUGCGCCAGGCUGACAUCUGCUCCCGAGAGCACAUCCGCAAGUCACUGGGACUCCCCGGGUCACCCACACCGAGGAGCCCGAAGGCGCAGAGGCCAGUGGCAUGCCCCAGAGGAGACUCCGGAGAGUCCUCAGGUGAGGGCCAGCCACCACAGGACCACAGCCCAGGCCCCAGGACAGCCCCAAGGCCAGGCUCCCAGGAGCAGGCGGGCAAGGACUGGCAGUAGAGGAUGGAACUGGGCACUAUGAAGGCAAGAAGGCCACCGGCCACCCAGUUCUGGCCUCAGGACACUGACCACCCCUGGGGGUGGUCUAGGGACUUAGGGGAAUCUUACCUCAGCCGCAGGUAAAGCACCCAGUCCCCAAAGACAGGCUGACCGCACCACCCCAGGGGGACGCCGCAGCACAGUCCACUGCCAGGUGGGGCAGAGGUGACCACAGUCCCACUUCGCCCCGUCAUCGGCUGGUCAACUGUGGUCACGGUGCCUCAGAGGACAGAUCUCUAUGGGGGCAAGUGCCAGAUCCUGAGAGUGCACGAGACGCUUUCCUGGAGCCCACGAAGGGGACUUGGAGCUGCAGCCUGCACGACCCCUGCAGCCUGUGCUUUGCCCACCCCUUUCAAUAGAUGGGACUUGCUUGCUCUUUUUUUUCUUCUCAGGGUUCAUUUUUUAUUUUACAUAUUUGUUUGUUUGUUUGUUUGUUUAUAUCCAUUGAUCUCUUUACCCUAAGGUUUACUUGCAAAAUCAGGGUUCAUUUUUAAAGCAGGUCCCCAGCCCCAGCCAUACUGAACCACCCCUGCCCUGACAUGGGAGGGGUCUUUGCUGGGGUAGCUGGGCUUUAGCACCUGCCCACUGCCUGCCGUGACCCCUGACCCCAGUCCUGUCCAUCCUCCAGCCUGCCCCGGGAAGAGGGAGCAGAGAGCCUCAUCUCAGCCUGCAGGGGGCCGAGGAUGGGGGCAGCACACAGGGGCAGUCUGGGCUGCGGGGCAGGAGGCCAGACAGGGUGGCACUGGUGCCUGAGGGGUUGGGUGCCAGGCUCUGCACCCAGCGGGGGCUAGGAUCGGGGGUGGCACCGUCCCCACAGGCUCUGAAAGUUGAUCACUGUCCUCUGUCCCUGCCCGCCUUGCCCCAGAUGCACAGCCUCAAAACUGUCUCCACUGUGGGAAAGCAGCCCUAGGCCCCUGUCUGGCCACUUCCUUUCCUCUUGUUGUGGGCUAGAGGUGCCAGCUGAGGAUUGGGGGCAAAGGGGACAGCCCACCUGCAGCCCAGCCCCAGCCCCUGGGCACCUCCCAAGCACCCCCCAGCCCUUGACAUGCCGGCUGGCCUCCAGACCCCAGGCUCCGUGAGGAUGCUGGAAUCUGCCACAGAGCAUGAAGAAGUCCCUGGAAUCCUUUCUUGCCAUUCACCCGACCUCUAGAAGAAGGGGCCGGUGAUCAUGAUUUGACAGCUUGGGACAAGAAUCCAGGGAGGCCGGGUCUCUGGCGCGCCUCCAUGCCCCUCCGAGACGGUGCUGUCCUGGUGUUCCUGAGGAGCAGGGCGAGCCUGGGCCUGAGGGAACAGGUACACAGGCAGCAGCACUCAGGGCCGGGGAGUGCUGGCCCCACCCGCCUGCGCUCACUCGAAAGCUGCUUUGGAGGGCUGGGCUGCAGGGGCAGGGGCUCCGGAAAAGAGGCCCAGGCUGUGUAGCUGCCCUUCCUUGAUGGAGCAGACUCUAUUCUAGAAAUUUCUAUAAGAAGUAGACCUACUCCAAGACAAGUGGGGCUGGGGGGUGCGGAUGCCGAGGGGCUCUGCGGGUACCUUGUGCCUGAAGUCACGGGGGACAUGGGAGAGAGCGGGAACUAGGUGGGCUGUUCUGGCUGUCGUCCAUCGGCAACGCUGGCCGGAACCAGAUGAGCAGUGUGGGGCGAGAGGGAGCCCCAGUGCGGCCCCUCGGGCCCUCCAUGCCUCAGGGUGUCAGUGUCCCCGGACUGGCCUCACUCAGCCCUGGGCACUUGGGCCUGUCGGGGAUCUAGCUUUCAUUGAGGACCCCACCGGUGGACUGAGGCUCCCCUCACCGUGGCAGAGGGAUCUCUGCCCUUCCCACCAAAAAGGGCAGGAGCUAGUAGAUGGGGACGGCUCACGGCCCUCCCUUUCCACCUGCCUUGGGAAGGGAGAGGCAGCAGACAGGAAGGGCCUUGGAGCUCAGGCCAGUGUGGGGAGAGCGUCCCCAGAGAGUCCUUGGGGUGGGAGAGGGGUGGAGUUGACAGCCGGUGAGGCCAGCUUUGAGGUUGUGUGGACCCUGUCUGCCUCUAGCUCAAGUUGGGAGAUGUGUCAGCCUCGGAGCCAUGUGAGCCUCGGGGACAGCCACGUGUGGAGUGCAGACCGGUCUAGAUGUGCCUGUCUGGUGGGCGCUGAAGGUCCCCUUGGGAGAGUUCAGGGCAGCACCUGAUGAACUGAGAGCCACAGCCGUGUCCACCUGAAACCUGUUUCCUCACCGGGAACAUGAACACCUGCUUCAGAAGCUUUGGAGGUUAAAGGUGGGGAUAUGCGUGAGGUCUCUUGCCCAGCGGUGGACACUCAGUACACUCCUGAUAAAUGAGGCAUGGGAUGGUGGAGUCCAGCACCUGGCUGGGCCCAGGAACGAAGCGUCAGUGGUCGGAGGGGAGGGCGUCUGUCCACCUAGCAUCUUUGGCAAGGAUCUGCCUCCCAGCACCCCUGUGGAGUCCUGUCUGGAUGGGAGGGAGAGCAGGGCCGUGGACAGCCUCCAGAGGUGUCCCCCUGAAACCUCUGAAUGUCACCGGCACAAGCAGGCCGGGCUGGGCUCUCCUGGCAGUAACACCAACCGAGCACAGCCGUGGUCCUGGGGCACGCCGUCCGGGUUGGGGGACAGGGAGGCAGAGGUCCUGCGCCGUUGCCCAUGAGUCCAGGGCUUAGGCAUCGCUCUAGGGACCCCUCAUGCUGGCCCCCAGGCCCACUGAGGCAUAGGAAGAACGGGGCUCUUCAGGCAGGGAGUGGACAGAGCCGAUGCUGGUAACGGGGGGGCCUUGCCCCAGGCGGAGUCAUGGGAGACGGAGUCAUGGGGGCGCCGUGGGGGUCCAGGCAGGGGAGCUGCUGACUGCAGGUGGCCCAGCAGUACCCAGGUUUUUGCUCGCUCCCAUUCCACCUUCCUGAGGGCGCUCGUGGGAAAGGGAAACGUGGCACCCACCUGGUGCCUUACUCCACCUGCCUCCUGAGUCAAAGGGCUUCACCACCCCAGACACACCCAGAGCCUGGUGUCCAGGAUGCCACGUGUGUGCCCCAAGCCAGUAGGACCCUUGGGAGGCUCAGCACCCCCUGCCCCAAACCAAUGCCUCUCCCCUCUCCACACUCACUGGCAUUCCCACAGAAUGCCCUCCUGACUUCUAGAGCUUUCCUUAUCCAGAGCUCCAGGACCACAGGUGGCAGGGAAUUAGAGGAAUUAGAAGCACAGCGUGGAAGCUGGGCAGAGCUGGCUGAGAUCCCACUGUCUCUUCCAGACCGGCCUUGAGCAAAGCUCAAAACGUGUCCCACAGGGGUCAGUACCUGCCCAUGUGGUGGGGGAUAUUCCACCAGGUGAAGUAUGUAAGGGCUCAGCAGGGAGCCUUGGCACAUGGUGAGUCCUUGGUGAGGGAAGGCUGCUGGUUUGGAGAGCUGAGUCCCACAAGGCCGUCAGUCCGCCAUGCUGUGCCAACCCCAGUGAUGAGAGGAUGAAGCCAGGUCAGGGAGGUCCCAUCUACCAGGUUCCCACCUGGGCUGGCAGCUCCUCACGCUAUCCCAAGCCAUCAGAACUCAGGUCCUCGAAGGGAGGCCUGGCUGCCCCCUUCCUCUGGAGCCAGACAGGACCACGCCUCCUGUGCCCUGGGGCUUCACUCCAACAGGAGGGCUUCCCAGGGGGCCGGGAGACUCAAAAGAAAUGCCCACAACUGCCUGGCACGUGGUAAGCUUUGCACAAAGAGCAGUAGCUUCAACCCCAAUGACCCACCUCUGUGAGGGUGGGCAGAGAUGGCUCUGGGCUCCUCUGGGGCUGCAGGUCAGGCUCUGCUUAAAACCGUUGGUUCCUCAAGGACCAGGGGUGUCAGGUGGGCCUCCCCAGCUGAGGGCCUGGCCAGGACCAGGUCAGGGAUUCCUCCCAUUUUCCCUCCCCUUGCAAGGAGGAGCAGGCCAGAGCCUGGAGGUAAGUUUGCAGACAAUUUUUAUGUGAGUAGUUUAUGUUUGUUUUGAGAUAAAAGUCACCAUUUCCACUACAACUCAUUGACUUUUGGUAUAUUCACAGUCAUGUGCAACCAUCAUUACUGUUUAGUUUCAGAACGGUUUUUUACCCCAAAGGGAAACCCCAUAUCCAUUAGCAGUCACUCCCCAUUCCCCCUUCCCCAGACCCUGGCACCCAACAAGGGCUUCCUGUCUCUGGACAGGCCUGCUGUGGGCACCAUGCAGACGUGGAAUCACUGUGUGUCUCCGGACAGGCCUGCUGUGGGCGCCGUGCAGGCAUGGAAUCACUGUGUGUCUCCGGACAGGCCUGCUGUGGGCGCCGUGCAGGCAUGGAAUCACUGUGUAGUCUUUUCUGUCUGGCUUCCUUCUCUUGGCAUGAUGUUUUCAAGAUGCACCUGUGUCGUGCCAGGUGUCAGGACUUCAUUCUUCUUUAUGGCUGAGUCAUAUUCCAUCAUAUGGAUCAGUAUAAACAUUUUGUUGAUCUUGGUGGAUAUUUGGGUUUUUUCCACUCAGGGCUGUUGUGAAUAAUGCUGCAAUGAAGACUGAUGUACAUGCUUUUGUGUAAACAUGUUUUCAGUUGCCUUGGGUAUAUACUUAGGAGUAGAACUUCUGGGUCAUGUGGUGACCCUGUGUUUAACUUUCUGAGAAACUGCCAGACUUUUCCAUAGCAGCUACAUCAGUUCACAUCCCCACCAGCAAUGCCCAAGGGUUCCAGGUUCUCCACACCCUCGCCACCACUUGCUAUUAUCUGCCGCUUAGAUUCUAGCCAUUCCAUGGAGUAGAAACUGGUAUUUCGGCUGGGCACGGUGGUUCAUGCCUGUAAUCUCAGCACUUUGGAAGGCUGUGGCAGGAGGAUCACUUGAGCCCAGGAGUUUGAGACCAGCCUGGGCAACAUAGUGAGACCUCAUCUUUACAGAAAACUAAAAAAUUAACCAGGCAUGGUGAUGCACUCCUAUAAUCCCAGCUACUCGGGAGGUUGAGGUGGGAGGAUCACUUAAGCCCAGGAGGUUGAGGUUGCAGUGAACCGUGAUUGCGCCACUGCAUUCCAGCCUGGGUGACAAUGAGACCCUGCCUCAAAAAAAAAAAAAAAAAAAAAAAAAAAGGGGUAUUUCAUUGUGCAUUUGAUUUGCAUUUCCUAAUGGCUGAUGAUGGUGAGCACCUUCUCAUGUCUUAGUAACCAUUUGUAUAUCCUCGUGAGCAAAGCAUCUAUUCAAAUCCUUUGCCCAUUUUUAAAAUUGGGUUGUCAUCUUGUUGAGUUGCAGAAGUUCUUUGUAUGUUUUGAAUCCUAGAUAUUGAUCACUUCUGUAGUUUACAGAUAUUUUCUCCUGUGGGUUGUGAUUAUUUUCUUGAUAGUGUCCUUCGAUGCAUGAAAGUUUUUAAAUGUGAUGAGGUCCAUCUAUUUUGUUGCUUAUGCUUUUGAUGUUACAUUUAAGAAGCCAUUGACUAAUCCAAGGCCAUGAAGAUUUACACCUACUUUUCCUUCUAAGAAAUGUAUAGUUUUAAUGCUUACCUUUAAGUCUUUGAUCCAUUUUGACUUAAAUUUGCGUAUGGUGUAAAGGAGCAGGUCCCAUGUCAUACCUGUGAGUAGCCAGUUGUCCCAGACCAUUUUGCUUUGUUGUUGUUGAGACAGGGUCUCGCUCUCUUGCCAACGCUGGAGUGCAGGGGCGUGAUCAUGGCUCCCUGCAGCCUCGACCUCAUGGGCUCAAGCAAUCCUCCUGGCUCAGCCUCCAGAGUAGCUGGGAAUACAAGCAUACGCCACCAUGCCUGGCUAAUUUUUUUUUUUUUUUUUUGAGACAGAGUCUCGCUGUGUUGCCCAGGCUGGUGUGCAGUGGUGCAAUCUCGGCUCACUGCAAGCUCCGCCUCCCGGGUUCACGCCAUUCUCCUGCCUCAGCCUCCUGAGUAGCUGAGACUACAGGCGCCUGCCACCAUGCCCAGCUAAUUUUUUGUAUUUUUUUUUUUUUCAGUAGAGACAGGGUUUCACUGUGUUAGCCAGGAUGGUCUCGAUCUCCUGACCUCGUGAUCCACCCGCCUCAGCCUCCCAAAGUGCUGAGAUUACAGGCGUGAGCCACUGCGUCCGGCCUAAUUUUUAAAGAUUUUUUUGUAAAGACAGGGUCUCCCCAUGUUACCCAGGCUGGUCUCCAACUCCUGAGCUCAAGCUUUCCUCCCACCUCAGCCUCCCAAAGUGCUGAGAUUACAGGCGUGAGCCACCGCACCUGGUCUGUUUCUACUUCCUCCUUUCCAGUCUGAAUGCCUUUUAUUUCUUUUUCUUGCCUAAUUGCUCUGGCUGGAACCUCUAGCACUUUGUUGAACACAGUGGUGAGAGCACAUAUCCUUGUGUUGUUCCUGAUCUUAAGGGAACGUUUUCAGUCUUUCACCACUAGAUGUGAUGUGAGCUGUUAGAUGUUCAAGGAUGCUCUUUAUCCAGCUGAAGACGUUCCCUUCUAGUCCUAAUUUGUUAAGUGUUUUUAUCCUUAAACGGUACUGGAUUUUGUCAAAUGCUUUUCUGGCCUCUAUUGAAAAGAUCCUGUGUUCUUCUGUUAAUGUGAGGUGUUACAUUGAUUGAUUUUCAUAUGUUGAGCCAGUUUCCAUUUCUGGAAUACAUCCAACUCGGUCAUGGUGUAUAAUCCAUUUACUCUGCCGCUGAAUGUGAUUUGCUUGUAUUUUGGUGUGGGUUUUUACAUCUGUAUUUAUAAGGGAUAUUGGUCUGGUGUUUUCUUAUGAUGUCUUCCUCUGGUUUUGAUAUCAGGAUAAUAUUUGCCUCAUAGAUUGGGUUAGGAAGUGUUCUCUCCUCUUUUUUUUUUUUUUGGAAGAGAGAGAUUGGUGUUAAUUCUUGCUAGAACCCUUGGUAGAAUUUGCCAGUGAGCCUAUCUGGUCUUGGGUCUUUGGGAGGAUUUUGAUUCUGAUUCAAUCUAUGUAUUUGUUAUAGAUUGUUCGGAUUGUCCAUCCUUGAGUCAGUUGCUAGCUUGUGUGUUUCUAGGAGUUUUUCCGUUUCGUCUGUGUUAUCUCAUCUGUUGGCAUACUGUCGUUCAUGGGAUUUUCUUGAUGUGUGUGAGGUCUCUGAGAACGUCCCUGCCUUCACUCCUGCUUUUAGUCACUGGCAUCUUCUUUUAACUUGGGCCGUCUGGCUGUGCAUGGUUUUGGGGGAGUCCUCCUUGACUCUGCAGAUGCUGAGCAGUGAUCUGGCUGGGAAAGGAGACCGGGAGGGCAGGGCACCUGCUGAGGACUCACCUAAGCCCAAGAUUCAGAGAGUCAGAGCUCCAACCACAUCUGCCUGCAUGCCUUUCCCAGGCUCUCCCCACGCAGACAGCCAGCACCCCCUCCCCAAAGACCGGGCACUUCCUGACCAGCACCCCACCAAGUCCUCAGUAAGGCCUGUCUUUUGGGGAGCAGAGUUUCAGGAGGACAGUGGAGGUGGUGUAGAACUCACGGCUGGCGGUUCCGGGCCUCUCAGGAAGCUUUGCCACUGGGCUUGGGGUUAAGUGGGUGUGAGGCUCCGAACCCUAAAGGGGUGAGAGUUGAAAUGAAAGUGGCACCUGUAGUCCAUUUGGGGUGCAGGUGUGUGCCAGGGGUCCUCAGCCCCGGCUGAUGGCCACAUGAACCGCACGAGGAGAGGCAGGGCAUGUCAGCAGCAAACCUAAGUGUGUGCUCAUUUCUGUGGGCCCUGACUCUGUGACACUGCAACUCUCCAGAGGGACGCUUUGAAAACAAAACAGGAGAGAACACACGGCCCCGCGUCUGUUGCCUGAGUCACUGUAUUCCUUAAAAGAUGGAGGACCCUGGUCCUUGGCUUUUCCUGCACAUGAGAAAAUGUUGGCCAAGGUUAGCGAUUAUGCUCUGUAAUCUGUAACCAGAAGUGCUCUUACGCCCAAGCCUUGGUGUGAUUCUGCUGUAAUGUAACUUCAGAGCCAGCUGGAUGGAUGUGACUGUUCAGGUCCUGAGCCCCGGCCCCCGUAUCCAAGCAGUGGGCCGAGACACUGAGCCGGGCAGUCAGACAGGACCUCUCUAAGGCUGCUUCCGGGCUGGGGCCUGGGUCUAGGAUUCUCAGUAAGACCUUUGAAUAAAACUAACUUGAAUUCUUCAAAA